AUGAUAACUGAACGUGCACACGGCGUUAAACGAAAGCUGAGUGAGGUUGAUGGCGACGAUGAGGUGCUUCAUGGCCGUUGUAUUCAACGGCAGACCGUGUUCAACAUUUCGAUCUGCAAACUGCAGAAAAGCUUCACCAGGUCAGAACCUAUUCUUUGCAGAACCGUGCUUAUCUCAAACACUCUUCGUCUAAUCGAAGAAGACAUCCGAGAAGAGCGCAAGACUUUGGAAAUGACUGAUGUUAGCGAACUUAGCGACGGGCAAACACGAGCAGUCAAUGACAAUAGCGAACGACUGGCUUACGUUGGUCACAAUAUAGGCACGCGAUCACGCGAAGAAUGUGAGACUUUGAAACGUUCUCUAACCUUUGAACAAGAAAUGAACAUCCUGGGCGACAAAAUGGUAAAAGAACUUGAAUUUGACUUGGAGAAAUCUGCGAACAGCGCGCAGAAAAUACCCGCCAAAGCGAAAUCAGACCUGGAGGGGCAGCAACUCUCUUUCGCGCCUGAUUCGAACAACAAUUCUGCGCUUCUUUCCGACGACAACGAUCAACUCCACGGGAAAGAAGUCAGUUACAAUGCAGAAGAAUUCAUCAGAGAAAUCACGUGCGGAAGUCUUUUAGGAAUGGAAUUGACAGAGGAAUUAGAGUUUAAAGAUGUAGAUGUAUCACUAUAUGACUUUGACGUUCCGAACGGCUCGUUUCCCAUCGAUUUCGAUGAGUUUUGCACCGCUUGGAACCUUGGAUCAACCAGUGUAGCUACAAAAAGUUUAUCCUCCAGGUGUAGCGACAGCAUAAAGCUUGAGCGUGCGAACGAUUACGCUUUUGAUGAACUAGAUCAAGUAAUGCAAAUUUUAGUUGGAUCUUAG